GGGCGGCGCCGGCGGCGGGAGCGCGGGCCGGCGGCGGCAGCGCCUGAGGGGGAAGAGGCGGCUCCGGAGGCGCGGCCUGAGGCGCUGGGCCCAGGGCUCCCGCUCGCUGCGGGGAGGGGACGGGCGACGCCGAGCCCGCACCACGACACCGUUUUGUUUUUUUUUUUUUAAUUAUUAUUUUUUUUUUGUUUUAGUAUUUUUAUAUAUUUUCCCCCCUCCUUCCCCUCAGCGCUGAGGCGGCGUCCCCCGGGCCGGGCCCGAACCGCCGGGGAAAAUGUCCAGGCCUGUCAGGAACAGGAAGGUGGUCGAUUACUCCCAGUUUCAGGAAUCAGAUGAUGCUGAUGAAGAUUAUGGAAGAGAUUCAGGUCCCCCAUCCAAGAAAAUCCGUUCGUCUCCCCGGGAGGCUAAAAAUAAGAGGCGAUCUGGGAAGAAUUCUCAGGAGGACAGUGAGGAUUCAGAGGAGAAAGAUGUGAAGACUAAGAAAGAUGAUUCUCACUCGGCAGAUGAAGAUUUUGGCAGUGAAGAUGAUGAUUUAGGAGCAGAUGAUGGCAAAGCUGACAGUGACUAUGAGAGCUCUCAAAAAAGCAAAAAAGGAAAAAAGGCUAAACCAGAAAAGAAUAAGAGAGCAGCCUCCAAAUCCAGGAAAAGGCCUGCAGAGGACAGUGAGGAUGAGAAAGAAGACCACAAAAGUGUGCGUCAGCAACGACAGGCAGCAUCCAAAGCAGCUUCUAAACAACGAGAGAUGCUUAUGGAUGAUGUGGGUAGUGAGGAGGAAGAACAAGAGGAUGAUGAGGCACCGUUCCAGGAGACAGAUUCAGGAAGUGAUGAAGACUUCCUCAUGGAAGAUGAUGAUGAUAGUGACUAUGGCAGUUCAAAAAAGAAAAAUAAAAAGGUCUCCAAGAAAUCCAAGCCAGAGAGGAAAGAAAAGAAAAUGCCGAAGCCCAGGCUAAAGGCUACAGUGACCCCCAGUCCAGUGAAAGGCAAAGGGAAGGCAGGCCGCCCCACAGCUUCCAAGGCAACAAAAGAAAAGACCCCAUCCCCCAAAGAAGAGGAUGAAGAGCCUGAAAGUCCCCCAGAAAAGAAAAAAUCAGCCAGCCCUCCACCAGAGAAGUCAGGGGAUGAGGGAUCUGAAGAUGAAGCACCCUCUGGUGAAGAUUAAAUGGCAGUUGAGGAAAUCUUUGUUUAAAAAAAAAAAAAAGAAAAAAAAGAAAAAGGAAAAGAAAACAUACUUAGGGGUAGAACACGGUUUUGGCUGUGGCUUGACUCAUGGGCUUUGAAUGCUGUCUUUACUUUCAGCUGUUUAAUACAGUGUAUCCUUUUUUUAAUAAGAGGAAACCCUUAUACAGUAAUAUUUUGAAGUCAAUGUUCUCUGUUGGCCAUUCCGUUCUCCCUCCCCCACCAAAUCUGAAAGCCAUUUGAGACAAAUUAACAGACCAUUUAAAUAUAUAUUUUUUUCAAGGGAUACUGCAGUUGUGAAGCAAUAAGGUUUGAGACUGAUACGUGGAAACCAUACUUACAAAUCGUUAAGUAGAAUAGAUUCCCAGUGCUGGUAAGAGUUCUUUAAAACUAUUAUUCUGUAUUUGAAUAUGUGGAAAAAAUGAACCUAUGCUUUAACAGACUUUUGUUGAUACAAGUUCACUCUCAGAAAAAAUGUAGUUGAUAGGAAUUCCAAUUGAGGAAGAGGAAACAUGGGGAGGAAACCUGUGUUUCUUGGAUUCAGUCACGUUUUUCAUGGAAAGCAAUCAAGAGAAUUGUAGAUGGUCUACUGUCUUUUAUUUAGAAAAGACCCUCCAAUUAGGAUGCGAGAUCUUUUGUCUUUGCUGGAUAGACUACUAUUCUGCUUUAGGCAAAUUACGGUUCGUUCUAUACAAAUUCAGAUACAUAACCUACAAGCUUCUCACAUCCAUUAACUAACAUAUUUCUUCCAAGGUUUUCUAUAGAUGGGCAGAAUAGGGAAGAGAAAUUGAAAACCAUUUUUAAAUCUCUGGUUUCCAUUUGAUAUUGUGGAAGAUGUCUUUAAAGUUUUUCCAAGGAAAAAAUAUUAAUGGGUAGUGUAAACCUAAAUUCUUUAGCUUUUGGGGCGAGGGAUGUCCUUUUAUAAAUGUGAAGCAAAGGAUUCCUGUAAUGCUCUGGUCAGUCUCGGAUCCCAUGAGUCACGCUUAAGUGUUUCUCUUCUCUCCUCCAUCUGUCCUCAGAAAGGUUAUGUAGUCAUACCUCUCAGCCUCUCCAGCUACAGUGUUGGACAGCAGACUUCCAUCGAUAGUGAGCAUCACCACGAUACCACUUCCAUUUCUUCAUCUUCCAUCCUACAGUGUGGGAGGCUUUGCUCCCGCGUCGACAUGUCUGCUUCUAACUGUUGGUCAUCAUUCUGCUCCCUAAGCCUAAGAAGUGCUGAGUAGGGAACUGUAUUAAAGGAUGAAGCUGGGAGGAAGUGGAGUUUGGAAGCAGUAUAGCAGGGCUAUCGUUUUAUUAUAAAAUCAGGAUGUCCCUCUAAAUGCAAGACACUUGAGAUGUGUGGUGGCAUUUUUAUGUGUUUUUAUCAAAGCAGCCAUAUCCUUUUUUUUUAAAAAACUUUAAUUAAAAUACACAAGCCUUGGUUUUCAAACCCAAAUACAGAGGUUGCUGCCAUGUUUGUUGGUAGAAAUACUGAAAACUGGACCUGCCAUUUUUUUUCCUCUUUUUUUUUUUUUUCUUAAACCCUUUGUGCUUUCUGUAUGUUGCUCACAGUUACCUUAUAGCUGACAAGCUUUGCAUCUUUUUUUUUUUUUUUUUUUUUGUCACAGAACUACAUGUUUUGUAACCAGCCUCUUGAAGGUAACAUAAGGCAGCUAAUUAGUUGGAUUUCUGGUACACAUGCUACCAGAUUUUUAAUCCUGUUUGGCUUUUAGAGAGCUUUUAGAUAUGAUACACUAAUACGACCAGGAAAGACACUUGGCUGAAUGGCAUAGGGAGCCUGAAGAUGCUGAGCAGAGUGUGGAGCCUAAAAUGUGGAACGGAGUAUUAAUAUAACAGCCGAGUGAUUGUCUUGUGUGAUUCAUAGCCAUGGAUUUUAUUGAGGCUGGUAAAUUACUUUACCUUGGCUUAUAAAAAUUUAAGUUCUCUAACAUUCUUUACUAUAAUGAAACUACUGUUGCCGUUACAAUAAAGAUGAUCGGUGUUUCCAUUGUAAAUCUUUUUUUUUUUUUUAGAGUGGUUUAAUUUUGCAGAACAGCUUAAGGCUGGAGUGAAGUGUCAGUCUUGAAAAAGUAAAUCUAAUCCCCUCUCCUCUCUCACGCCUCUUCCCACCUUCCAGAUCUCUGGGAGAGCAGAGUCUCUUGCAUUCCCUCCACUCCUAGUCCAGUGCUUCUUGGGUAAUAUGGGAAAACAAAUGGCCAAGUUCUAAAAAACAUUUGGAUUAAAUUUGGGGAUAGCAUACACUUUUGUGAAUAUCUGGUCCACAUAGCUGUUCCCCUUCAGUCCAGACUAUGUUUCAAGUUACUCUUGUCUAUUGGGUUCUUAGGGGUUUUUUGGUAAUAAAAUUUACAAGGAUUACUUAAAAGUAGAAUACCUCUAGCUGAUCUGGUCAAACAGCUGUUUAUCCACUAGACCAGAUUUUUUCUGAAGAGUGUAUUUUGUAAAUUCCACUUGAAAUAUAUUUUUGGGUUUUUUUCUAACACAGUUAACUAAAGUUAAGGCUGUGAAAAAUGUGUUUCUGUUGUUCUCAGUUCAGGUUUUGGACUGGAUUAUUUUAUGCCUGGCAAUUUUGGCCCUAUAUCUUACAAAACUGUUCUACUUUCUCAUACGUUCAUCUCAUGGCUGUUACAGGCUGCAUGAUGCUUAUCUUUGAGUUUGUCACAACCUAAACACUAUGUAAAUCCUGUACUACUUCUGGGAUUUUGUAACUUUUUCUAUAUCUCACAGUUUUGCUGAUUUGUGCAAACACUAAGCCCUAAUGGUCUCUUGGUUACUCUGUUAGAAAUACAGCAGUUUACAUUUUUACAGAUAGAAGAAAAUUGUGAAGGUUAAUACAUUAUAUUUUUUUUUACUUUAAUUUUUUUCUUUAGUACACGACAUUUUUCAGUAGCUCAGACAUAACAUUUUUAAAUGUCCUUUUUAAUUAAUUUGUAUUAAGCAUUCUGAUUUUUUGAAGGAAAGCUGUAAAAAUGCCUUUGUUUAGGAGCAUGAAUAGUUCUUCACGGAGCAGAAAGUUUCAUUCACAGAAGAAGGCUUUGAAAAGGUUGUCUUCUGUUAUACAGCUGUAGCUUUGGAGCCUUUGCAGAGAGGUAAAUGGAUUUAUUCCAAAGUUUAGUUUAUCUAGUGCUCUGCCUUGGUCUUACUCUUAAAAUGGUAGUUCAUAACUAACUACCGUUAUAAAUCCUUUCCUACAUUCUGUUUCUGAAUCCACCACAUUGUUUCGCAGUUAGAUGCCAAUAGUACUGCCUUUAACUGGCCACAAGGCUUGAUCAGUAAAAAUUUGUAAUUUAAAUUGGAAUUUCAUACGAAAGAUUAUUUGCUUCAGUUUCUCUUUGAUCGGCAUGAGAAUGCCAAACAUGCCAAGUUAAAUGGGUUUCAGAAUGGAUUGUGGGUGAGAGCAAGACUUAAAAAUGGAGCAGCCAAGAAGGUUUUAAUUUUGUUGUUUUAACUUAAAGCAGAAUUGUGUCUGGGGAGAGAAGCGGCACACUUGGGUGACUUCUUCUAGGGAGCCUCAGCAGUGCCAGGUAACGGUCUGAGCGUGCUCAGCUCCUGUGCCACCACAUGGCCACAUCCGCAGGUGAUGGACUACCAGGGCAGUGGCAGAAGAUGCGCUUGAAUUCCUUUUUUUUCUUUUUUUUUUUUUUUUUCCUUUUUUCUUUUUUUUUUUUUUUCCCCCCUCCACUGGUGAUGGUCACAAAGGUACAAUAGACACUGAAGCACCCAGGUUAAGGAGGGAGGGAAGUAAACUGUAACAUGCUGGAAGCUUUUGAGCUGUAGAAACUGGUGCUUUGCUUUAUGUAAUUUGUUUGUGAAGUGUUUAUUUUUAUAACAGAUCAUAUUGUUGAACACAUGGUUCUUAAAAACUACAAACUGAUCCAUGAGUUUAAUAUUUGAGAAGUGGAUGUUCAUCUGUUGGGGGAGGCAGGAUAUGAAAAUGUGAGCAGACAGAUAUUUAAAGGGACACUGUCACGAAAUAGCUGCUGGCAUAUAGGAUAUGGUAGUUUGGGUUGGGAAGGUCACAUCUAUAUGUGGAAAUCAUAUAUUCUAUAUGCGAUGGAGAAUUUUCCCUGAACUUUUAAUAUUUUCCUACAGUUUUGGGAGGUUUAAAUACAAGUUCUGCUAAUGAAAUUAGGAAGAAAAACUAACUAUUGUGUUCUUACUGUUCAAGAUAACUUUUUUUUUAAGUACUAUGAGGAGUAUCAGAGCUCUGACAGAUGACAGUGUCCUUUCGAGACCUCCCCAGAUCAAGUGUAUCCUCGUUUUAGACUUCCCACUUCAGUAGGUGACUGGCAUUUGAAUGUCUUUUCAUUGAACUCUUUAUAUUAAAAACAAAACACAAAUAUUUCUAAGUCUAGUCCAGUUCUCGCCAUGUGCUGACUCUGUGUAUCAACCACUAUUGGAAGCGACUCUCUAGACUGCCUGCCCCCUCCAGCCGCAGUGAAUCGAGUGGGUCCAUCGGUCUGAGCAUGCUCAGUGUGACUGCAAAACACCAUUGUGCAUAUGCUUUGUAUAUUGGGGCAAGGGUUUUUUAUAUAUAUAUUUUGGGAGGGGUAGUGGGUGGGAUGGAGAAAUACUCAAUCAGCUUAAGCCAGAAUAAUGUGUGUAAAAGCCCCUGAAGUAUUUUGUGUGUGAGUGCGCGGGUGUGAGUGCGCGCAUGGGAGUGUCUGACAUCUUAUUCCCUUUGUGUUCUGAAGAUUUGUGAGUUUUACUUUUUUUUUUUUUUUUUCCCCUGCAGAAGCAAUUGUUACAAAAAAAAUUGUAAAUAAGAGCUACAUAAUUUUUGUUUAAUCAUGAACAUCGUGUCACAGCAAACCCUGAAUAAUGACUUUGAAGGUAGAGGAGGAGACUCCAGGUAGGGCCUUGGGCCUUUGGCUAUCGGCAAGGCAUCACUAUAUGGUAUGCAGUGAAUAUUUGUCUUGAGUAUUUGCAAUCCCCUGUUGAGCUUUUCUAAAAUUCAGGCUCUUUGCAGUUCCUCUCCCCAUUCUUUUUUUUUUUUUUUUUUUUUUUUUUUCUAAAUCUCAAAA